UCUCGAUUCUCGACACAUUUCGUUUCGUUCCGUUCACCGUCAGAACUUUCACGAUUUCGUGUUCAGGCAUAUCUUGCCAGCACAGUGAUUAAGGCAUCUGUGACAAAUAAAAAUAUGUUUGUUGUUUUUUGCAUAUAAUUGUGUUUGGCUAUAAAAAGUGCGUGUGAUAAAUUGAUUUCUUUAUAAAAUUCUGUAAUAGUAUGUGAAAUUGUGUUUUGUUAUUUAAUGGAAAUUUAAUCGUAUACGUGGAUAAUGGCAAUGGCUGACCUUUUUGAAUUUGAAUUGGAACCUGAUGCUGGCAAGGAAGAACACCUUAACAAGGGUAAUAAUUCAGAAGAGGAUGUUGUCAUUGAAGAGGAUGAAUUUGAUGAAGACCCAAACCUAAACAUAAUCCCUCCAAACUCGGAGGAGACUGAAACUGUGUUGCUGAACAACGUGAUCGAAAAGCAUGACCGGUUUGAGAAACUCUCUCCAGAUGACUUCAGUCUGCUCAGUGUCCUCGGUAAGGGUGGCUACGGGAAAGUCUUCCAAGUCCGCAAGAAGUACGGUCCAGACCAGGGCACAGUAUACGCAAUGAAGGUGUUGCGCAAGGCAGCCAUUGUACGCAAUCAAAAGGACACUGCCCACACUAAGGCUGAACGGAACAUUCUCGAGGCAGUAAAGCAUCCAUUCAUUGUGGACCUCAUAUAUGCUUUCCAAACUGACGGAAAGCUGUACCUCAUUAUGGACUACCUCAGUGGCGGCGAGCUCUUUAUGUAUCUCGAGAGAGAAGGAAUAUUCCUAGAGGAAACUGCAUGUUUCUUCAUGAGCGAAAUCACCCUGGCAAUUGAACACCUCCAUUCUCUAGGUAUCAUAUAUAGGGACCUGAAGCCCGAGAACAUUCUGCUUGAUGCACGCGGUCAUGUAAGACUCACUGACUUUGGACUCUGUAAGGAACAGAUCGAGGAGGGCAAUGUCACUCACACAUUCUGCGGCACCAUUGAGUACAUGGCCCCAGAGAUCCUGACUAGAAGUGGGCACGGGAAGGCGGUCGACUGGUGGUCACUUGGCGCUCUCUUGUACGACAUGCUCACUGGAGCUCCACCAUUCACCGCUGAAAAUCGAAAGAAGACAAUAGAGAAAAUAAUGAGGGGGAAACUGAUACUUCCACCGUACCUGACCCCAGACGCACGGGACCUUGUGAGGAAGCUGCUUAAGAGAACACCGAGCCAGAGGUUGGGCUAUGGACCAGAGGACGGUGAAGCGAUCCGCAGACACAAUUUCUUCAGUAGUACAAAUUGGACAGCCGUCAUCAACAAGGAGCUUGAAUGCCCCUUUAAGAUCAAAUUGAAGAGUGCUGAUGACGUCUCCCAGUUUGACACCAAGUUCACAAGACAGACACCGGUGGACAGCCCUGACGAGUCCAUGCUGAGUGCGAGUGCUAAUCUAAUUUUCCAGGGAUUCACCUACAUAGCACCUUCCGCAUUGCAAACUAAUCCGGUGGCAGAUCAGUGGACCGGCUCGGAUUUCGUUCCAUACACUCGAGCGAGAUCACCACGCAAGAAUUACUCGUUCUCGACUGCGCUGUGCAACCCCUUCGAGAACCACCACAUGAACUCUGCCCCUUCUGAUGAGAUGAUGGAUGUCUCAAUGCCGAUCCAUAUACAACGCCCUGUAUAGCAGGGUCUUCUUCUAGGGUACAACAUUGGUGCAUGAGGGAAGUCGUCCCGACGCGGUCAUAAAUCAAUUAUUUCUUUAUUACUCUUGAUCAUUUUAGUUUAAUUUUUGUAGUUAAAUUAUUUGUCGUGAAUAAUACUAGGCUUGGUUUGUUCCGCCAGUAAGUCGUAUAAGCUUUCACUGUUUUAUUGUUAUCGUAAAGAAUUAACUAGGGCCUGGAAAAUUUUCUGUAAGGAUCGCGACGAGAUUAACAUUCGACAGGAAGUAACUGUAAAUAAUAUUCUAACCACAAAUCAUAGGAAAAGCUUGGUUUUUUUAAAUCGAGGGAAAUGUUGGCUAUUAUUUUUCUAUAUAUUUUAAAUAGGUUCUAUUGGUAGUAUUUUGAGUAUGAACACCCACUCAAUUAAUAUCUGGUUAUAAGUUUCCAGGGACCAAUGCUCAUGUUGUUUAAACACACUGCCGUAGAUUUGAUUUCUAGGAAUUUAAUUUCAAUAGGCGAAAUGGCACUAAUCCUACGAAGUAUUAUAUUUGAUCAAUUAAUUGCUGCCUAGUAGCCAACAAGAUUAAAAAAUAAUAAUUAUCUUAAGGGAUUAAAGAAAAUUAUUUAAAACAUUUUAAAGUAAUUGACAACAAAUAUUACAUUAAUCUCUUGGUUUUAAAGUUUUAUAGGAAUGUCAAUUUGAAAAUAGAAUAUCAUGGAUGUAUCCUCGGAAAUAGUUUUAAUUUCGGUUGUAAUAAUGUUAGUUUUGUGUUUUCUCUUUAAUAAAUAAAUAUUUUCAGGAGGGUGUUCGUUUCGAGUUUUGAUAUUUUUAAUCAAUGUUUGUACUUAUCCGAUUACAUAAUAUUAUUUGAGUAUAUGACAAGAUUGCACAAUAUUAUGAUAUUCGUAUGCUAAAUCUAUGAUACGAUAUUUGCAUGUACGUCGCAAAUCAUGUUUCUAGUGUACGUUAGUGUUGUUUAUUGUUGAUUUGUUCCCUUAGUUUUAUAGCAGUCUAAACAAACCAGUGGAAUGUAAACUCUAUAUAUAAUCUGAUAAGAUACAGUGAUAUUAUAACUUUUAGCCGUUAAUUUUUACCGUACUUCUAAUUUACUGUACCAGUGGACAUUUUUAGUCUGUUCAUUUAAACAGCAUGUAUUGUUUGUUGUAAGGUUUUUGGUAAUGUAUAAUGUAAGGCACGUUGAAGUUGAAAAUAUUAAAAUGUGUUUACCGUUACCAUUAAGA